AGCAUCGCAACGUCGACUGCCUUGCAGCCACCACCACGUUCCUUGCUCCACGCUCCGCCGCAGCUGCUGCACCGUCUGCCACCCCCACAUCCCGGCGCCGCGCAGCCUGGGCACCUCCAGGUUCCCGCCUCUCGCUGCUGUCGCUCUCACCACCAUCGCAGCCCUAGACCGCCAGCAUGGCACCCUCGCUGCCCCACGCCAUCCGCAUCCGCCGCACCGACUCGGGCUCCGUCGUGUCCGCCGGCGGCGCUGCGGGCUCGUCGCGGCAGCAGCAGCAGCGGCAAGCACCCGCCGGCUCGCUGCAGGGCGGGCAGCCGCUCGCCGGCUCGCGCAGCCACUCGCUCGCGCCCGCCGCGUCGCGCCACAACCAGGGCCGCCGCGGCAGCCUGCCGCUCACGUCGCCCUCGCACUCCACCAACGAGGAGGUGCGCUGGCUCUCCAGCCACGGCGGCGCCGCGCAGGACGAGCGCGUGGGCAUCGAGAUGCAGCUCGCCGAGCGCGCCAUCCGCGACGAACACCGCGCCUCGCCGCCGAGGAGAGGCGCCGCCGACGCAGGCGCGAGCCGGCAGCCGACCUUUGUGCAGCGGCCAGUGGGCCUGCGUCGCGGCUCCAGCCGCACGUCCGUGGUCGAGGCGAUGGUCGCGCGGGAGCGACGCGGGUCCGCCGACGCGACGGCAGGCACAUCCAAGGCGCCGACUGAGCCGGCACAGCGGCCGCGCGAGGCUAAGCGGGCCGCUCCCGUAGCGGCGCCGAACACGCUGCAUGCUCUCGUCGAGGGCGAAGAAUUCGCAGGGCCCUCGUCACACCGCCACGCCGAGCAGCCGUCGAGCUCGUCGCGCAGCAGUGCACACGUUGACGAUCAGGAGGACGACGAGCCGCAGGAUGCCGAGCAGAGCAAAGAGGGCGCAGAUGCGAAGCGGACAGGGCCGUCGGCUGUGCAGCGCUGGGGUAGCAUCGCCAGCUUUGGCCUGUGGAAUGGCGAGAAGUCGCAGCUCAGCGACGAGGAAAAGCAGCAGCAACAGCAGCGCCAGGCCGACGAGGCUGCGCGCCAGAGGGAGCAAGAGCAUCACGACGAGGAGAUUGUCGACUACCUCGACGUCGUCGAUCCGGAAAUCUCUGCGCUGGGCUAUCUGAGCAACGUGCAGAACAGCAUCUUCUUCCCGAACAUCCCGGCGAUCUCGCGUGGCACCUUCUCGCUGCCGAGCGUGCCAAAACGGCGUGACGGGCCCGGCGGUAGCCUAGCCCGGCGGAGAGGCAGCACAGCAAGCCGGAGCACGAUGCUUACCGCGCCGGACGAGCUUGCACGAGCUGAAGAGGGCGAGGGCGACGGGCGGCAAUCGCUGCGCGCACCCACAUUGCCAGAUGAGGAUGCCGCUGCCGCACCACAAGCAUCAGACUCCGACUACUCCAACUCCGUACACGACGCCGACGGGCGCAAGAUCCCGCAGCGCGACGGCAGUCUGGCAGCGCGGCGCGGCUCCGCCAUGCCGACGCUACUGUCGCGCAUGAGCAGCACGCUCAGCGCCGCCUGGCCGCGCAAGGAGGAGGAUCCGGAGAGCGAGAAGCACAUCGCCAAGUGGAAGGAGAUGGACGAGGACGAACGCAACGCCCUCGACGAGCACGUGCGCUUCCUUCUCACGCGAAGGCAGAAGUUCAGGCGCGGCCUCAAGGGCUUUGGCAAGUUUGUGCGCACGCCGAUGGGCUUCAUCAUGACCACCUACGGCGUGCUCAUCACCGGCUGGGGCAUCAUGAUCUGUCUGUUCAUCUUCAGGUGGAUCAACCCGCCGAACCGACGCUACUGGAUCGAGAUUUGCGAUCAGGUGCUCUGCGCUCUCUUCGCUGCUGUCGGUCUCGGCUUUGCUCCGUUCCGUGCCAUCGACACCUACCGCAUGAUCUACAUCGCGCACUACCACCACCUGACGUGGCAGCGGCGGCGCAAUUUGAAACUGCCGACGCUGGAGGAUCCAAACGACCUGCCGCGCCCGGUUGCCAAUGGCGCCAACCAGGUUGAGCGCGUCGAGUCGCACGACGUGCCACACGACGACGAUGCGAGCAACUCGUCCAAGCGGCCAAUGGUUGUGCGUGACAACAAGUUCCACACUGCAUCGCGCCACACGUCCGAACACGAUCGCACGCCUCUGCGCGUACCCGAGUCGCCGCAAGACGGGCACAAUAGUGCCACGUCGCUGCACUCGCCAGGAGAGGAGAGCAGGGACAGCGGCCCGAAGCGGCCGCCGAUGAAGCGCAACACGACGAUCCAGUCGGAGAUCAUCAAGGAGGAGGAGGACGUGGUGGUGCUGACGCCAGAGGAGCAGAGCAAGCUGGAGCACCACCAACGCAAGUUCCACGCCUCGCACACGUACUACCGCUUCCACGAGACGUCGACGCACCGCGCCUUCCCGCUGGACCUCAUGAUCGUCAUCGUGUGCCUCCUCGAUUGCCACUCGCUGCUGCAAGCGACGCUCGGCGGCUGCACGUGGGGCAUCUACUAUCUCAACCGGCCGACCGCCUUGACCGCCACGCUCAUCACCUGCUCGCUGAGGCGAGCACAUCUCACAUGCUGCGCAAGAGUGCAAUGCUGACCGCGACACCUCUCCACAGCUGCAACGCCGCGGCCGCGAUCGUCAUGAGCGUCGGCACGAAGCGCACAAAGAAGCGUGAGGAGGUCGAGCGACGUCUGCGGAUCGCACUCGAGACCGAGGCCUUCGAGAUCAUGCAGGAGCGGCAGCAGAUGCAGGAGGUGACCGGCACCCCCGCCAAGCCGCUGCGGGGCGUGUCCACCAUGCCCAAGGCCAACACGGCCGCGUGAUGCGACUACAUUAUGCCAGGCCCGAACGAUACCCGUGCGCCCAGCUUAAGCGAUAUGCGACGACAUGUCUAUAGCAAUGAACGAUAGCGCCAACAUGCGUCGCCGAGCGCCCGUUGCAAGGGCGCAGAUGGGUCACCGGUUCGCGCGGACGUAGAAGUGCGGCGCGAG